CAACAAUCACCCAAAACAAAGAUGGCGGCUUGCAGGGAGACGAGACGCAGCUGGAAAAUUCACUGUGCAUUUGCUGUGUUUAUCUUGUUACAACUAUUUCCUCUCAACUGUAUUUCGGCACCGCUGGAACCCGAAAAAGACUCAGUUGAGGUUCAACCACCUCUGAAUCCAGGAGUUGUUGGUUCAGAUCACUCCUUGCCUUUGGCAACUGCCAGCAAGGGUGCAGCAGCAGCUGACAGCACUGGCACAACAGACAGCAAGGCAGACACAGUAACCAAUGACAAAGCUAGAACAUCUAUCGAGGUUGAUGACACAGCAGUCAUUAAGGCUGUAACAUCAGACGUAAAGGAUGCUGCUGCUACACCCAAUGAGAGUGCUACACCUAUCAAAGACGCUACCACACCCAUCAAGGAUGCUACCGCACCUUUAGAAGACGCUACCACACCCAUCAAGGAUGCUACCACACCUUUAGAAGACGCUACCACACCCAUCAAGGAUGCUACCACACCCAUCAAGGAUGCUACCACACCCAUCAAGGAUGCUAACACACCCAUCAAGGAUGCUACCACACCCAUCAAGGAUGCUAACACACCCAUCAAGGAUGCUAACACACCCAUCAAGGAUGCUAACACACCCAUCAAGGAUGCACCUAUCGAGGGUGUAACAGCAUAUGUCGCACCGGCCACCAAAGGGGAGGUUAUAGCUGAAUCCACUGCCAUUAUUGCUGAAACAACUGUUGGCAAGUUUGCAAUAACUGCAGACAAGAACAAAACCAAAUUAGAUAAAUCAGGACUGACUCCUGAAAAACUACCUCCCAAACCUGCUGAUUCAGAUGCUGAUGCUGCCCCGGCCAUGACUGCAGCUCCAGCCACCAGCACCACCACAGUCAAAGCCCCAGAGCCUGCCAAGCCCAUCCUGGAGAAACCAAGCCCUGCCUCCAACACCAAGCUCGUCGGCCCCAUGGACGCAACAGAGGAUGAGCAAGAGAGCGAUCUAGUGCCUGUCAACACCCUGGAGUCCCAGACCGAGACAGACAUGUACGGCAGAGAAAAUGAGGAAGAAGGUGGUGAAGAUGACUAUGAUAAGGUCCCUCUGGACCAGAACCAGAACUUUGGCAGCCAAGACCUCAACGAGGAGAACGACGACGGCAUGGUGGACGCCGACGAUGACCAGGUGGUGCUCAGCCCAGCAAAGAGUGCUGGGAAGAUAGACGUACGUAUGAAGGACACCAACAUCUACACCACCCAGGACGAGGACUCCCACUUCUUCUUCCACCUGGUCAUCCUGGCCUUCCUGGUGGCCAUCGUAUACAUCACCUACCACAAUAAGAGGAAGAUCUUCCUCCUGGCRCAGAGUCGGCGCUGGAGGGACGGCCUGUGCUCUCGCAACAAUGUGGAGUACCAUCGGCUGGACCAGAAUGUCAACGACGCCAUGCCUUCCCUCAAGAUGACUCAAYAUUACAUUUUCUGAGCAGAGAAGGAAGUUGAAAAGACUGAACUGAAUUGAACAAACCUGUUUCCGGCUGCAUUGUUGAAAUGCUCGCUUGCCCACAAGCUUGCCCCACUUCCUCUUGCUUCAGGACAAUCCUGGGCAGGAGYGAGUUUGAUGGUACUUCAUCUCUGUAAUCGAUAGCCUACACGUUUUCAAAGUUAAUCCACGUACGUUGGAAAUAUUACUCUUUGUUUUGUUAACCAUACUCUGAGUUUUGAAAUUAUUUAUUUGGGUGACAAUUACACUGGUCUAUAUGAAAAACAUUCUCACUAUGUUUAAGCCUUACUUUCCUUCUACACUUAAUAGUUUUUCUCUCCUUUUGCAGAUUACACACACAGAAAAUUUGGAUGUAUAGAUUGUCAGAAUCAAUAUCAAGAUAAAUAUGUUGUGAUACUUUGCUUGUUAGUAACUAGUUUGCCCAGCAAUGAAUGAAAGCUAUUUGUAGUGAUUAGCCACAAAGCAUUUGUAGUUGUAGAAAUUAAUAUUGUAGGAAUACAGCAUACUACACCAGUGUUUCCCAAAUCCUGUCCUCCAGUACCCCCCCCCCCCCCAACCAAUCAAGGCCUUGACAAGAUGAAUCAGGUGUUUUUUGUUGUUGUCCUGGGCUACAACAAAAAUGUAUUGUGUUGGGGGGGUACUGGAGGACAGGAGUUGGAAAACUAUACUACAAAUAUAGACCUUAAUAAAAUUGAUAAUUUUUACAGCAAUACUGACAAUUAUUUAUGUUGUGGUUAUUUCUUAUGCUAAAGCCAUCCUCACUUUACUUUUCUUGACCUGCCAGAACACACCACCACAUUUGAUAUUUUUCCAUCAUCUGGCAUUUUACUGGUCUUAACACGUUGCCCAGAUUGCUAUACACUUAUCCCAGGACUGGUCCUCCUUUCUGUUUGUUCGCUCGUUCAUUCUUCUCUUUUUAUCAGAAAGCUGCACUCUUCAUAUGGCCUAAUGUGCAUGUAAAGCACCACUUGGACACCGAUUACUUUAGAUCAAUCAGCUCUCUGUCCCCGCUCUGGGGGCACAUGCAUCCCAAAUGGCACCCUAUUCCUUACGUAGUGCACUACUUUUGACCAGGGCCCUGUGGUUCUGGUCAAAAGUAGUGCACUGUGUAGGGAAUGGGUUACCAUUUGUGACGUAGACUCAGUCUGGAGGAAACGAUAACAACCACCGUCGCUCACUCGUCAUUACCUUAACGAGCCUUCAGUUCUAAUGCCAUUAUCCUGUGACAUGAAUCCAGAAUUAUCAAUUCUCAUGCACUUGUCAAUCGCUGUUAAUUUUCCACUGUCUUUUCAGUACAGAGAAGAAGCAUUAGCCUGAGUGCCAGGCUGUUUGUGCUAACGUGCCAACUUGUUGUCACUUAUUGUCAUGACGAGCAUGUUUGCCUUGACAAUGAGCGAUGGCAUUGGAAAGGGCACAAAGGCUGCGUCUACACUAAUUUGUCUUUUCACCAAUUACAUCAGAUCUUUUUCAGAGCUGAUCUGAUUUGGUCAAAAGGUUAUUUAAUCAACAAAAUAUCAGAUUUGGGCUUUCUGUGGUGUAAACAGCCUAAAUCGGGGACCAGGCUAGAACAUAAAUAGGUGGUGGAUUUCAGCUCUGUCAGGAGCUGUGCGCACUCUGGUGCCACGACAAUCGCUAAAGCAUGGGAGGGAGAUGUCAUGCAUGGAACAGAUACGGUGUUGUGUAGCUUUCUUAUAGCAUGUGGUGGAUGAACACUGCUUUUGCAAUCAACUGUAGAGAUUCUAUAAAGCACAAUUGUAUAUGGGUCKCUUUUUGUCUCUUGCUAAUGCUUCAUUUGCUACUAAAUAAAUGUUAAUCUGUUUCUUA